AACGGUAACACUUUGCACAAAUACAGAACCGUUAUUCCACACUUUAUAAAAUGUAUGAAGAUAGGCAUAGCACUCAUUUCACGCAAAAUUUCAUAGCUUUUGGGAUGUGCCUACGUUCCAUUUAAGAGAUUCUAGGGUUGAUUUUGACCGCAGUUCAAAAUGACCAAGAAAUUAUUGUGGUUGGCGGUUGCGUCAGUAAUUGCUUGCUCCGCUGCUUUACAUAUGUACGAUGAUCUGGGUGAUGAAAACCAUGAUCUCGCAGAGGCUGGUCAAAGAGAGGGCAAAGUUUUGUUCCCCUUCAUUAGUAUAGUGCGAUUCGCGAACACGGACUGUUCCAGCACGAACACUAUGAAUGGCACCUGUCUUGCUCGGCGAGAGUGUAACAACCUGAACGGCACUAUCACGGGAAUGUGCGCGUCUAGACGAGGCAGAUGCUGCGUUGUAUCCAGAAGUUGCGGCAGCAACACGAAUGUAAACAACACAUACUUCACCAGCCCGGGGUACCCUUCUGCGUACGCCGGGGGACAGACUUGCAACAUCAUCGUCAACCGUUGUAACUCCAAUAUUUGCCAGCUCCGCUUAGAUUUCCUCGACCUGGUACUCGCUCAACCAGACGGAGACGGGGUCUGUUCAAUCGACGCCCUCACUAUAACUGGAGGGAACACAGUUGUUCCAGUACUUUGUGGCGACAACACUGGUCAAACGAUCUUCGUAGACUUCAAUGGAGAUGCCGCUAUAACUAUUACUAUAGCUGCAACAUUAUCUACAACUUUCUCUAGACGAUGGAAUAUUAGACUCACACAGUUGGGUUGCGAUUGUCCUGGAUUAGCGCCAAACGGUUGUCUCCAGUAUUACACCGGUACCACUGGUACGAUCAGCAGUUUCAAUUACGGAUCCGCAGCCAACUCUGUACUGAGUGCAUCUUUAGUGACAGGAACAAGACAAUUGGCCAAUUUGAACUACGGAAUUUGUAUAAGAAUGGAGGCCGGUUACUGUGGUAUCCAGUACUCUCAGGCAUCUGCAGACCAAUUCUCCUUUACUGUAACCGGUGACGUGGAAGGCGCAGACGGUACCGUGCUCGGUACUACCGUAGGGUCCAUAAACGGAGCGGCCUGUACCACUGACUUUGUUAUAAUACCGAACCCGGUAGUUGUGGCUACCAAUGUAGCGGUCGGUGCUGAUCGAUUCUGCGGGCUUGGAUUUACUACUGUGUCGACUUCGUUAAAGCCGUUCGUCGUCUACGUGGUGACGAACGCCAACGAAGGAGCUACGGCCACUACCCCACCAGACGUCGCUAACAGAGGAUUUUCGCUCGCUUAUUCACAAAUUGCAUGCUAGUUCACAACAAAAUGAACAAUUAUAGUUUCGAAUUUCAUCACUAUUUUAGCAAAUACUGGAAUACUUACCUAUUUAUACAUAACCUAAAAUGAGCAUGAAAAUCGCAAACUUAAGCAAAAGUUGACCAGAUAAUAAAUUGUCAUUAA